AUGGCGAUCACAUCCCUCGAGAAAAGCGACGACGGCCAAGCUCGGUUUCCCGGCUGUUCCAACAUCCGUGACUAUGAAUUUGUCGGGAAGCUUGGAGAAGGAACCUUUGGUGAGGUCUAUCGUGCAAGAUCAAAGAAAGACACUACGGUUGUGGCUCUCAAAAAGAUCUUAAUGCACCACGAAAAAGAAGGCUUCCCUAUCACUGCUAUCCGAGAGAUCAAACUUCUCAAAGCGCUCUCGCACCCGAAUAUCUUACAACUUAAAGAGAUGGCAAUUGAACGAGGCAAGGGUGAUGGGCGAAAGAAGCCCAGUAUGUACAUGGUCUUCCCAUACAUGGAGCAUGAUCUUUCAGGACUGCUAGAAAACCCGGCUGUCCAGUUCACCGAGCCCCAGAUCAAAUGCUAUUUGAUGCAACUUCUUGGGGGUCUUAAAUAUUUACAUGCAAGCCGUAUUUUGCAUCGUGAUAUGAAAGCGGCAAACUUGCUGAUCAGCAAUGGUGGCCUUCUGCAAAUUGCUGAUUUUGGACUUGCUCGACCCUAUGAUGAGCCCCCUCCGCAACCCGGCAAAGGAGGAGGAGAGGCAAAGAGGGAAUACACGGCUCUUGUUGUCACAAGAUGGUACCGGCCACCUGAGCUUUUAUUACAACUGAAACGCUAUACUACUGCUAUUGAUUUGUGGGGAGUUGGCUGUGUGUUUGGCGAGAUGUUCAAAGGGAAGCCUAUACUUAUGGGCAACAGUGACCUUAACCAAGCGCAGCUAAUUUUCAGUCUUGUGGGAACUCCCACCGAGGAGAACAUGCCUGGAUGGAGUUUGCUACCGGGUUGCGAGGGCGUGAAGAACUUUGGAUUCAAGCGCGGGAACCUUGCCGACUACUUUAAGGACAUCCUUACUUUACCACUCCUCCGCUUCCAGCACGACCCGGAGAUAUCCCUCAAUUCUCAGAUUCGCAUGAACUUGAUCGGAAGAAGUUUCGCAGUCAGCGAGCACCAGUACCUCCUGUUCCUGCCGUCAAUUCAAGCGAUACCCAGUCAAACAGUGGCUGGGGAAGCUCUGGCUCUCGCGGACCAGAUUCCAGAAAUAGUCGCAUUCCUGGUGGUUUACGAGGCAGGCCAAAUGGACCGGGUCAAGGAAACGCCCAUCGCCGCGGGCCUUUCCCUCCUUCGCAAAGAGACACCGGGUUACCUCCGCGUCCCCCAAUAUCCGCUCACCCGCCAUGGGAUGGGACCCAAACCAACAGACCUGACGGAAGAGAAGAUCAGCGGCGAGAUCGAUAUGGCCAGGGCCGUUCAGGAACCAGACCGGGCAACACUGAUUCCUAUGUUCCUAAAUAUGGCAACGCUCCUGAUCGUCCACAGGACUCUAGCGCCAAUCCUGACUGGCGUUCAAACAAUCGACACGAUCACCGUCGGGAGCCAAGAAGGAGAAGUCGUAGUCCCGGUUACAGGGAUGGGAGUCGCGGCUGAUCAUCCUACUGGUCCUAUCUAUGUAUUCUAA